AUGGGUAAUAGUUUAAAGCAUUGUUUAGGUUGUAUUCUUCCUUGUGGAGCUUUGGAUUUAAUCAGAGUCGUUCAUCUCAACGGCCUCGUCCAAGAGUUCUCUCCCCCCCUCACCGCCGCUCAGAUUCUCCAAGCCAAUCCCGGCCACCUCCUCACCACUCCCUCCUCCCACGACCACCGUCUCGUCCGCCGUGUCAACAUUCUCUCACCCCAAUCUCACCUCCGACGAGGCGGCAUUUAUUUCUUGAUCCCCGCUGAUCAUUCCGACCACGGCCACCGCAAGCCACCUGCUAAAAAACAAUCCUCCGCCGUCUCCGGUGCCGGCGUUUUCCCUGAAUCUGAGGAUGUGAUUGUGUUGAAGAAGGAUAAACCCAGGCGCCGAGAUCGCCGGAGGAGUCGUAGCUACGGCGGGGCGUGGCAGCCUCAUUUACACAGCAUUAGUGAAGAUUAG